UGGUUGUGAGUAACGUUACGACGAUUCUUUACUGUUUACAGAGCAAUUCCAAUUAUGGAAAGUUAGUUGUAAACUAUAAGUUGAACUGAAUCAGAAUUUUUAACUUGGUUCUUCUCCCUGCUCCAAAAAGAUUAUUUGUAAAUAUCAGCCAUGACUUCGGCGGAGGAAAAACACAAAACGGACAGCGCAAAUCUUCUUUUAUUUAUUGCUUUGCUAAUGCUUACCAUUUUCACCAUAUGGAUUUUUAAACAUAAAAGAAUUCGUUUUCUGCACGAGACUGGAUUAGCCAUAGUAUAUGGUUUAAUCAUUGGAGCAAUAAUUAAAUACACAAGUGUGGGUGGGGUUGUUCCACAUCGUGGCAAUGUGACAUGUUCAACAUCUGGUGGUGAUCCUCAAAGUGCAGUGCCAUCUUUUGUUAAUAUACCGUUUAAUCACUCAAGUUAUGUUUACACGCUACAAAUAUCAGAUUGCCCAAGGAGUGAAUUUACUGACCGGGAAUUGCAGAAGAUGACAUUUGAUCCAGAACUUUUCUUCAAUAUUCUUUUGCCUCCAAUUAUUUUUCAUGCCGGCUACAGUUUAAAAAAGAGACACUUUUUUAGAAACAUUGGUUCUAUUCUGACAUUUGCCUUCAUUGGAACUGUGCUAUCUGCAUUGGUUAUCGGAUCCAUUAUGUUUGGCUUUGUGUCAUGGAUGAUGGUAUACAACACAGACCCAAGCUUUAGCUUUGGAUACGUAGAUUGUUUGUUAUUUGGUGCAAUCGUAUCUGCUACUGACCCAGUUACUAUGCUUGCUGUAUUUAAAGAACUGAAGGUUGAUGUAAAUCUUGAUGCUUUGCUCUUUGGUGAAAGUGUUCUCAAUGAUGCCGUGGCUAUCGUACUUGUAUCAUCCAUUCAAAAGUACCAAACAGCAACAAGUUCAAGCUUCAGCUCUGGGGCAUUUUUCAGCGCAUUAGGAUCAUUUAUUGGAGUUUUUCUCGGCUCUUUUGCGAUUGGAGCCUUAUCUGCUGUUAUCACAGCAUGCAUGUUUAAGUUCACGAAAAUCUGUCACUUUCCAGUUUUGGAGACUUCCAUAUUUUUCCUUAUGUCAUGGGCAUCAUUCUUACUAGCAGAGGCUGUUGGUUUUACAGGAAUCGUGUCAGUUCUCUUUUGUGGUGUUUUGCAAGCUCAUUAUACUUACAACAAUCUUUCAACUGAAUCUAAAGCACGUACAAAAGAGUUGUUCGAACUGCUCAAUUUUCUUGCGGAAAAUUUUAUCUUCGGUUACAUGGGUGUGGCCAUGUUUACUUUUAGUCAUCACCAAUUUAAUGCCAUAUUUAUAUUUGGUGCAUUCGUAGCAGUGAUGAUAUCACGUGCGUGCAAUGUUUAUCCACUUUCUUUCCUAUUAAAUCUUGGUAGAAGAAGAAAGAUUCCAUUUAACAUACAGCACAUGAUGAUGUUUGCAGGAUUGCGUGGAGCAAUUGCGUUUACACUUGCAAUACGAAACACCUGCACGAAGGGAAAACAGAUGAUAUUUUCGACCACACUUCUUAUUGUGUUUUUCACUGUUUGGAUUCUUGGAGGUGGAACCACACAGAUGCUUACUUGGCUUAAGAUCAAGGUUGGAGUAGAUCCCGAUGCACCAACUCAAACUGAACAAACAAAUAUAGACAACCAAAAUAAUGGGAAUGGUAAUUAUGAGAGAUGUCGUAGUAACUCAACAGAUACUGUAUCAGAUGGUCAAGUAUCUGUUGCACAACCUAAAUAUGCUGAUAGUGCUUGGAUGUUUAAGAAUUGGUAUAAAUUCGAUCAAUUUUAUUUAAAGCCAAUAUUAACUCAUGCUGGCCCACCACUUUCCACAUCCCUGCCGUCAUGUUGCACUCCUCUUGCCAACUGUUUAACAAGCCCACAUGCAUAUGCUGAAAACAUAGAUAAUGACAGUGAUGCUGACUUUAUUCUUAACGAUGACAAUUUUGGUUCGUCUGCAUCGAACAAUCAACAACAGAACAACCAAGGAAUUACACAGGAAAGUCCAAUGACUGCUGUAGAUUUGGAAGGGGUUCAUCGUGUCACUGGUGCUGGUCCUGCUGUUAUUUCUACAGAGGUUAAAGAACACAAAGCAUUGCAUGUUGUAUCUACUAAAAAUGACAAUUCCACUGCAUCAGCAUAAACUUAUUACAUUCAACAUUUAUUUAUUGUAUGUUACAUGUAUUAACAAUAUAUCAAUGUUUUCUCAAAGCUGUCAUUUUCGUGUAAGUUGUCACUGCUAUUGUUGGUAUUCUGGUAAUGAAUAGCACAGCAGUAUUGACAUAAACCUAAAUUUCGUUUUAUAUUUGUUAGUCCAACAUUUACUGCCUGGAUUAUUGUCGAUUCCAAGAAUGUACAUAUUUUAUUCAUAUAUUUUAUUUAUUCAUUGCAUUUUUGCUCUUGAUUAGGAGUUUCUAAAUAUUGACCAAAGUCUGAAUAUACACUCCAUCCGCACAACUAGUUAUUUAAAGUUUUAGCCAUAUUAUGCAUGAGUGUUUUUGCGAUCACUGUUAAACGCAUCUCGGCUUUUCAUGUUUCCUUGGGCUAUGUAUUGCUAGUAUUAGUGUAAAUUGUAUUUUUUUUAAUCUUAGCGAAAUUAUGUGAAUUUCCCCAUAAUUUUGAUUUGGCGUGUGGUGUUACCCGAAUUACCAAGUGUAAACAUGUAUUUAGCAGUACUACUUUAUUCGCCUUUAUUAUUAACUAUGUAAAGCUUUACAAAUAUUGUGUUUCCAACUACCAUAUACACAUAAGAUUAAACCAUCACAAUUGUUUGUGUGUCGUUAACUAUGAAGCUCUCACUGGUUUCCCAAUUAACCCACUGGACAUUUAUCACAAAAAUGAAUCUCGUUUAACAUACCAGAGGGUUUGUUACUUUGUCUGGUCCACAUUACCCUUCAUUAAAUUUAGCAAAUUUGGCGUGUUGAAUGUGCGCACAGUGAUAAAACAAACGAAUAAACGUUUUGCAUUGUUGUGC